AUGCGUUUGAAACAGUCUGUUACCAUUGUGUUCUUCACAUUGUUGCUAGGAGCAGGACUGCUGUCAUUUUUUGUGAUUUUAUCUGGGGCCCGGAAUUCGGGCGUUCUUAAAGACUUUUACUGGCUGGAGGCUGACACUUCGGGCUUGGGGAGUGCCCCGGGCACGACCAGGUGGUUCAAUUACGAUUGGUGCGGGCUCGAAAAUGGGGCGUUGCAAAACUGCUCCGGCAAAAAACCAGCGUCUCCGUUCUCGCCCAAGGACAAUUUCGGCGCCAGUGACAGUCUGCCAGCUCCUUUUGCCAACCACCGCAACACCUACUACUAUCUGUCGCGGGUGGCUUGGGCCAUGCUGCUGGUGGGACUCGUGUACGUGGUUUUGGCGGUGAUUCCGGUGGCUGUCACGAUUUUCUCCACGUCGCUAGUGAACGCGUGGCUGGCCGUUUUGGCACUGUGGCUGGCGUGGUUCUUUGUAACGCUGGCGGCUUGUCUGUACACGGGCUGCUACGUCAAGGGCCGCAAUGUGUUUCACGAUGCCCAACGGUCGGCAAAACUGGGACGUAAGAAUUUCGCCUUUAUUUGGACUAGUGUAGCCCUGUUGUUGGUGUGUGCUAUUUGGUCGUCGAUCGUGGCGUCAUUUUUCAGUGCGCGUCGUCUGUCCCAUUCGCGUCAGCGUCGUCAUUACGAUACCCUGGAACCCGGGUUCUCCGAUGACACUUAUGGAAACGGCGACAAAACCACUAUGGAGACCCGUGACGAUCGAGGCGCUUCUCGCGGGUCGGGAAACGUCAAGUUUUGGAAAAUGCGAGUCAAGCAUGACACCAACGGCAACCAACGACAAGUGCCACAACAACAACAGCAGCCGGUCGCGGCUACCGAAUAUGACUCUGAAGGCGUGCCUGUAAUACGCGCUUGA